UAUUUAACUACAAGUCUGUUAUAUUUGGACGGACAUUGCCGAGCGUACCGUCGUUGUAACUGCACGAGCACUACAUACAAAACGAAUCGUUAAUACAAUAGUAUCGUAAUAUAUUAUUAUUAUAAAUUGUACUCGCGCGGCUAACCAAAUUCACAUUCAACAUGUUUAACUUAGGAGGAGCAAUGAAAAAUAUUACAGCAAAGGCCGAAGAAUUAGUAGAGGAAAAGAAACAUGCUGCAACUUCACUUCUUGAAAAACAGGUCAAAGAAACCGGUGAGUUCUUGUCUCACACACUCAACGAGGCAGAAGGCAAAGCUGUGAACGCCGCAGAAGAGGCGAAAAAGGCAGCUGUAGAUGGUUUUGACCAGGAGGUCGAAAAACUUGCUGAUAGUGCCUUACAGGAGAAUUCUAAACGCGAUAUUGGUGGUGGUGGUUUAUUAGGUGGAAUUAAGAAUUCAAUUGGUCAUGUUGCUAAUCAAAUAGAGCAUAAAGUCGAGGGUUCGGUGCACGGGGUACAAGACAAAAUAGAAGGCGCAGCAAGUGCGGUGACCCAUAAAAUUGACGAGUCGGUUGUCGGUAAGGUAGCGCAUACGGUGGGGGAUAAAGCUCAUGAAGUGACUGGUAAAGUUCACGAAGCGGCCGAUGGUGUAGUCGGCAAGGUGCAGGGAGUCGCAAGUACGGUAAAAGGAGUCGCCAGUAUGAUGCAAAGUACUACUAGCGGAAUGGACACACCCGCCGCACCAGCGACCGCCCCUGCCGCUGCCACCCCGGAACAACAGUCGACCGUCAGUCAGGUGGCGGCCGAGGCCAAAACACUGGUGGACAAGACGACUGCCGAACUAAAACCGGCCCUGGAUCAAGCGGUGCACGACAAGAUCAACCCGUUGGCGCAAGACCUGGCCAAGAAGCUGCAGCCGAUCACUGGCGACGUGUCUGCACACAUCAACACGGCGCUGGCUGAGGGCGUCAAACAACUGAACCCGAUCGUCGAUGACGUGUCCACGAAGGCCAAAGGGUUCGUCGACGAUGCCGCCAAACAGGUGAGCACUGUGGUAGACGACAAGCUCAAGGAGGCCGACCAGUUAAUCAGCGAGAAGCGUGACGCUCUUGGGGAACCGGCCAAGAGCAUUAUGUCCAAGGCCAAGGGAUUGUUCGGCUGAAUCAAUCAACUACUAAUCAUUACAUAUUAUAUGCGUAUAAUAGUGGAAGUAGCGAGUUGGCUAUAAAACUGCUAUAGUGUACUAACUGCUAAAUCAUUUUAAUUUUACUCAUUAUUUAUGAUACAUAAUAUUCCACGUCUAUUACUUAUGAUAUAAAGGAACAUUACUUUAAGCGGCACACACGUAUAAUAUAAUAAUUGUUUUUUUUUUCCUUAACUUUAUAUUUAUCGGAAAUUGUAGUCAUUUUAAGCUGCACUCUUGAUUUAAAUAUUUAUUUUUUUAUAUAUACACGCGAUUUAUUUUAUAUCAUUAUAUUAUUAUAUACGUUUUACUAUUAAUUUGUUCUUUGUUUUUACGCAUCCCUAUAUAUAAAUAUAUUUAUACCUCUAGUCGUUCACCGUGUAAUUUACAUUCAUAAAACAAUUUAAGUAAACAAUACCGUAUCUUACAAUAUUACCUAUACUGCUUUUGCGGAUAAAAUGACGAAGACAAUGUACCGUAACGUAAAUAUUAUAAUAAUUCAUAAUCUAAUAUUGUAAUGUAUUCAACUAUGAACUCUAACGGUCGAGUACACUGAUAAUAAACUAUAUUAUAUUAUAAUCAUUAUCGUCCACAAACAUUAUAUUGUUGUGAUAUUUUUUUUUACUUAAAAUCAUUAUUUGGUAUAAUAUACAAUUAACAUGCUUGCUAUUUUUUACAUCAAGA